AGUUUUUGGAACGGCAAAACGUUAUGGACCAUCCCUUCAACGGAUCGGAUUGUGAAAGGUGGAUGGAUCUCUGUGGAAAUGCGAGUUUUAGACAUAAAUCGAUGGCAGACUCCCGCCCCGGCGCCUACAACUACAAGACAUUACUAUGCACAAACAUUCCGGAGCUGUUUCUUGACAAAUAUGUGGCGCGCUCGCAUUUCGGCCGCUACGGCACCUUGAUGAACUUCGUCCUGCGUCCGCGGCGGAUGACCUGCACCGUGAGCUACGCCAGCGAGGAGGAGGCGGAGCGGGCGCUCCUCGAGGGCGGCUCCUUCCAGGGCCACCAGUUCGAGAUGUCCUAUGCGGAGAACGAGACGGCGCCGGCCCACAAAACGGAGGAGUGGGUGGAUCCCGAUGUGCAGGCCGAGCUAAGUGCCCUGCAGUCGGGCUGGCGUAGUGAGUAUGCUCCCGGUGGUGGUGGCAAAACCUCAGCGCCGAAGCCUCCCAAUCCCAUGCCACUGCCCGCAAUGCCUUUUGCUGCUGCUGCGGCAGCGGCGGCUGCUCCAUCAAAGAAUCCUCCCAGGGAACGAACGCCUGCCCAGCUGAGGGAACUGGAGGCGGUGAUGCGGCGACCCGCCCACACCAGCGAGGAGAAGUACCGGGUGCUGGAUGCGCGGGACAAGCUGCUGCGGCUGAGCCAAACCCAGCGACAGCCGGAAGGAGCCACCCAGGGUCACUGCCCGGACAUGUGUCCCGAAAAGGAGCGCGUGCUGCGCGAGUUCCAGCGGCAGGUGGCCAUCUACGAGCUGCAGCCGGGCUCCGACGAGUUCAUCUGCAACGAGCGGGCCCUCAAGCAGUACUCGCGCAGCAGUGCCGACCAGGAAACGCCCCUGCCGCACGAGCUGCGCCACGAGGCCGCCCUGCACAUGACCAUGAGCUACCUGAUGCACGAGAUCAUGGACCUUAGCGAGCGGCAGGAGCCGCAUAGCGCUCACCUGGGCGACUGGUUCCACUUCGUGUGGGACCGCACGCGCUCCAUCCGCAAGGAGAUCACCCAGCAGGAGCUGUGCUCGCUGGGCGCCGUCAAGUUGGUGGAGCAGUGCGCCCGCUUCCACAUCCACUGUGCCGCCCGCCUGGUGGCCGCCGAUCCCUCCGUCUUCGACAGCAAGAUCAAUGCCGAGAAUCUCACCAAAUGCCUGCAGACGCUCAAGUACAUGUACCACGAUCUGCGGCUGAAGGGCGUCCAGUGCCCCCGGGAGGCGGAGUUUCGCGGCUACAUUGUGCUGCUCAACCUGGCCGAUGCCAACUUCCUGUGGGACAUUGGCCAGCUGCCCGCCGAGCUGCAGAGUUGCCCCGAGCUGCGCCAGGCCAUCCAGUUCCAUCUGGCCCUGCAGGACACGAACUUUGUGCGCUUCUUCCAGAUGCUGGUGGACGAGGAGACCAGCUACCUGAGUGCCUGCAUCCUGGUCACCUACUUCACGCGCCUGCGUGUCCUGGCCCUCCAUCGUUUGAUCCAGGCCUACAGGGCGCCGCGGAAGGACGAGGUGUCCUCGCUGCCCCUCAGCUACAUCACCGACAUGCUGAGCUUCGUCAGCGAACAGGAGGCGGCCGAGUUCGUCCAGCACUAUGGCCUGGAGGUCAACGAGGCGGGCCGCGUCGUGCUCAGCAGGAUGCACGCCGUGGAGACGGAGUACAAGCUGCCACGCCAGAUUGAGCUGGUGGAGAUGAAGCGCCGGCAGAGCGUGGGCGAGGUCGUCUGCGGGGAACCACUGCCCCCGAGAGAAAUCUACUUGAAUCACCGCCCGCACAAUAGCUUCAACGAGCAUGGCCUGCUCAAGAGCAUCUCCUGGUCGGCCAAGGAUCAGCUGCCGGGCAUGCAGCAGCAGCAGCAGCAGGAGGAGAUGCAGCCACAGCCAUCGUCAGCUCCAGAUAACUUCUUUAAGGUGCCGAUGCAGCCGGGCGGCGGAAUGACUGCUCCUGCCACCACUGGCGCACUCCCAGCCAUUCCCAGCGGCGGCUUCAGCUUUGUGCUGCCCAAGUCCCGCGCCCAGGAGCUCCAGGAGCAGGCCCUGGCCGAGCAGCAGCGGCGGGCGCAGGAGGAGGCCAAGCACCAGGCCCUGCAGCAGGCCAUUGCCCUGGCCAAGCAGCGGGAGGCCGAACUGAUGGCCAUCCACGAGGCCAAGGUGGCCGAGGCCGAGCGCGUGCGUCAGCAGAAGCUGAGGGAACGGCAGGAGCAGCAGCUGGAGCAGCAGCGUCGCCAGCAGGAGCAGCUGGAGCAGCAGCGUCGCCAGCGGGAGCAGGAGCAGGAGCGGAAGCUGGAGCAGCUGCGUCUUAUGGAGCAGCAGCAGCAGCAGAGGGAGUCCCUUAAAAAGGCCAAGACUCUGGAGUGCUAUCAGGACGUAUUCCGCAACACCCUGGCCGAGAUCUGCCGAAGGGAAUGGCAGCUGCACCAGCAGGCCUGCCACUCCUACGACUCCCUGGUGGACUCGCUGACGCGCCGCCUGGUCGAGCAGCAGAUGCAGCGCUCCCUCUACGAACUGGGCGUCAUGCGGGUGUACAUGCGGCGCUGGCGCAACUACCGCCGUGUCCAGCAGGAGAAGGACACACUGUUCAACCAGCUGCCGCUCAGCUUCGGAGCCGAUGCCCCCGAUCGCCUGGUGGACGAGCGCAGCGUGGAGGACUCCCUGCGUCUGAUACGGCGCUAUCGGCUGGGCGAACCCUGCAACUAUGGCCAGCUGCUGACGGGUCUGGAGGAGCAGUGCUGGCUGAAGCUGGACCUCUGGCGCCUGCUCGCCCAGUGUAUGCCGCAGUGGCAGCCGGGGGCGCGGCGCUACUACAAGCUGCUGUUGAGUUUGCCCGCCGGCGAGGAGGGUUUCCAGCUGGACUACGACUUGGACAGGGGUCUGCUGCAGCAGCCGCAGUCGCCGGACGCCCAAUUGGCGCCAGCGAAUGGAGGCUACAUUAGGGCCUUCGCCCAAGGCAUAGGAUUGAGUGUGCUAAAGCUGAAGGAAGGCGACCACUGGCCGCCCAACGCUCAGUUGGCCCAAGCCAAUGGCAUCAUUUGCCUGGCGGGUCUUUCCGACUUGCGGCACAUGCCGCAGCGUUUGAGGCAGCUGGUGCGGGCAAGCAGCUGCCCAGAUGUGGCCCUAAUCGUCCAGCAUCCUGCCCAUGCCGCUUAUGAGGAGCCCCAGCUCCAGCUCGACGAUUUGGCUCUGCGCUCCUUCAAGAUCUUCAGCUUCCGACAGUCGGCGAAUGGCCGCCAGCGGUUGAUGUCCCAACUGGAGGCGGCUGUGAAGUUCCUGGCCAGCCGGAGCCACCACCAGGAGCUAAACCAGAUGGAGAUCCCUGAGUUUUUGCUGGGCAAUCUGGGGCCAGAGCUCUUUCGACGCCUCAAACACGCCGCCGACCAGGAUACAACCAUCCGGCGGGGCAGCCAGCGUUGUCCGCAGUUCUGUGCGGACCUCUACAACGAGGCAGUGCAUCGCCUGCAGCUGGUGGCCGGCGAGGAUUUGAGCUCUUGCCCAAGGUUUCCCGAGGAGCUGCGCCUCUUUGUGCAGCCACUGUCCGCUGAGGCGGCACUGAGCAGCACCAAUCGCCUGGAGCACUUCGAGUCCGGCUGGCAGCUGCCACGACAGCGACAGCGCAUUGUCCAGCUUCUGGAGCGCAGCAAACUGCCCAGAAUGCCGCCACUGCGGCGGAGAUCCCCAUCCGCAAGCCUCGUGGCCGAAGACCAGUGCCAGUGGGUGCUGGACUAUGUGCAAACGAGCCAGCCGGAGGAGGAGUGCCUGGAGCAGAUUGCCCUGCAGGCCAUCCAGAUACUGCAGUCCAACGAGGCGGACUGCUACCUCAGCUUUGUGGAGUAUCUGGCUGGCGAGCGAGUGCGUGGCGUACUGCGCCAGGAGCAGGAUGCAUUGCCCAGAUGCAUUGUCUACCGCACGAAGACGAUGCGGAGUCGUUUCCUCAGUGCCUGGUACUACGAGUUUCAGGAGCCGCAACUAUGUGAAGCGCAGCAGGAAGAGGAGGAGGAGCAGGAAGAGGAGCAGGAGGAGGAGGAGGAGGAUUUCCAGGAGCAGGAAAAGGAGCCGGAGGAGCAGCUAGACUUCGAUGAGAUCAUGAGCAAGGCGGCGGCUGUCCUGAGCAGGAGUCGCCAGCGUCUGGAGGAGCGUCCCACGCUGCGGGACCUCAAUGGAUCGCCCAAAAGCCCCAAGAGCAGAACCAAAUCAUUGGAAGAACAAGCAAUGUCCCGCAUAAUUUCGGUGAUGAAGGGCUCCCGUCGCGAGUCGCAAUCCUUAGGGACGAGCAGCUCGGUUUGCAAGGUGGUGGCGCAACUGAAGGGUGGUGGUGGUGGUCAGGUGGAGUUCCGUUGGAUGUCGCACCUGGCGUCGCUGUUGAGUCGCCCGGCUACUAAUACACUGUGUACGAAUGCCCGGCUGCUGAGGCGACCGUAUGUGAGCUUCAACACCCGCCUCACCCGCAAACUGUCCGGCGCAAUGGAGCGCCGUGGAUCGAGCUUCAACUUCCUGGGCCGCUGGCAGUCACGAAGGGGCCUGCAUUCGUCCAGCUGCAUCCUGCCGGUGAAGACGCGCCACGCCCCAAAGACGGUGCAGGGGCGGAUGUGGCCCAUCUGGCGGCAGUCCUCGGUGCGGCCGCUCCUGCUGCCGUCGUCCAAUCUGUGGACGGGUGUGCUCAGCCAGCGGUUCUAUGUGCCGCGCCUGCGACCCGCCGACGAGGAAGAGGAGGAGGGGGUGGAGCGACGGGCAGUGCCCCGGCUGAGGGUCACCAGGGAGGAGAGCGAGGAGGAGGAGGCGCAGCUCCAGCGGCGCCGGGAUGGCAGUCGUCUGCGCCAUCCGCCAGCCGGUAAUCCUCUAGUGGAGCGGCCGGAGGAGGGACACUCCAGGGGGCAGGAGCAGGGGGAUCGCCAGCCCUACGUUCCCAGCGUACUGAUGACCCCGCAACUGGCCACCAAGUGGCUAACCACACAGGGCAAGGAGCACCAGGAGCACCGGGAGCACCGGGAGCACCGAGAGCCCACCGCCCGGAUGACCAGCCAAGUCUGGGUGAGCGGCAGCCAGCGAAGGUACCGGCGCAGUGAAAGAACCCACAGACCGAUCACCUCCGAACUGGAGGGCUGGCGGAGAUCGGCCCACCACCAGCCAGUGCCCAUCUUCCAGGGGCAGCCCGCCGAGCAGGAGCACCUGCGUCACGCCAGCUGCAGGACCAGCGCCAGGAGCAUGCGGGACAUUCAGCAGAGCAGCCAGAUGGUCUGGGAGACCAAGAAGCAGACACCGUGGAGCAGGGCCAGGGAGGAGAGCGUGGACAAACCCGGUCACGGAACCGGACCCGGACCGAUGAUGGUCCAGGAGUCGCGGAGCAAGCAGCACCGGCUGAUCACCAAGGAGCUGGUCUACCGAGCCAAGGACCUUCCGCCAAAAGAAAGAGGAGACGGAGGAGGAAGAGGAGGAAAAGCAAUGAGCAAAUCCUCGCCAGAGCGGGCACUGAUCAGGCAGCACCUGGCCGACCUGCUGCCGGUGGCCCAGAAGCCGUCCUCCUUCCGGAUUGGCUACCAGCGGCAUGCGCCCACGCGGCAGCUUCUGGAGCAGGGCAAGUGCCAUGUGUCAGUGCGCCGGGUGCAGUUCCUCCAUCUGCAGCCAGUGAGGUCACCGAACUCCAUCAUCCAGUCAGCGGAUCUGGAGGCCAGGGAGACACUGCAUCGCAAGGAUGGCGCCAAACGGCCUUGUGCCGUGCACACGGUGGUCAAGCCAUCCCUGCUCACCCUAAUCCGUGGCCAUGGCCGGCGGUUGGUGGCCAAGCGGUCCUCCUCCGUGGGCGUGCGACCCCAGAGGGAUGUCUCAGUGCGGCGUCUGGUGCGGAAUGCCUCCUCCCUGGAGGUCCUCUGCCAAGCCAGUGCCAAACUCAAGCCCAAAUCCCUGGUCAAUGAGUACCACAAAGAUCACCCGAUCAAGAAACUGCCGCAGGUCAGCAGCAAAUUGGCUCAUCCGUUCAAGGAUUUCGAGGAGGCAAGGAUCAAGGAGAAGGAGGUGGCCAGCAGCUGGAAGCAGGCCCAUGUGGCCAGGAACUACAAGUACGAGGCAUCCACUUCCUAUAGAAACAGCAACAGCAAAUAUCCCGGCAAGAAGAGCACCACCAAGGACAUGACCGAGGCGUACUUCCUGGCCAAAAGGAGCUCCUCCGCGGCGCCUAGAGAGGAACAGAGAGUCACCUCGUCCUCCAAGAGGGUCAAGCCACCACGACAACCGGCCAUCAGUCCAAAGGUUCAGGUGCCAGAGGUCCACAGCAAGCAGAGAUCACAAGAAAAGCUCUGGAGUUAAGCCAUAUAUCCAUAUACCCACCCAUCUGAUCUAUAAUACUAUCAUAUAUCAUCCGUUUUUAACAACCAAACACGGACAGGCAAAUCCACAUUCGAAGCGGAAUUCCAAAUUGAGCAGUGAACACAACAAUUUACACACAAUUAAUAUACACUCGCACACCUGGUGGAUCGAUGCUCCUCACCCGGAGAAUUCUUCGCAAUCGGAAAACCAUACUCACCCACUUAACAACACUACACUGUCAGACUUGAAAAAAAUUCCAAAACUUGCCUUGCUAAAUUAUCGCUUUCAUCCAUUUGGCACACUUGCUCUAGGUAGUUUUUUGACUUUUCAAGUAGCUCUUUUUUUCCUAGUUUUUAUUUUUUGGGAUAACGAGAGACAACAGUUUCGGUACCGCUUAUAUUAAGAAAUUAGUGUUACAAGACGUCAAAUUGGUAGUUGUCGCAUACGUGUUGUCCAGCACCAAAACAAAAAAUGUCAAACGCAUAACUCAUAUGGUCAAUAGGCUUACAAAUUAUGGACAGUCGUGACACUAUGUAAAAAUUCUUGAAUAAUUACGGAAACAAUAUGGAUGUCUCGAA